CAAAGGCACACCGAAACCAAACACAGAGUUCCUGCUAAGCCACGAUGAGUCAGUUCCGGGCAUUUGCAGGUGUGCUGAGGAGUGGAGGAUGGUCGUGGUGGCGAGGGGGUGGAGGGACCCUGUCCAAGUGCAGGCCUGAUCCUAGGAGAGGUUGCUCCUCAGAGACCACGCCGGCUCAGGGAGUGACCAGUAGCUCCAACUAUGUGGAGGAGAUGUACUUCGCCUGGUUGGAGGAUCAUAAAAAUGUACAUGAGUCGUGGGACACCUUCUUCCGGAACAUGCGCGGAACAUCCAGUCCAUCUGCGGAGGAGGUUCCCACACGUCCCUCCGCCCUCCUCCAGGGUCGAGUCCUGUCCCAUUCCCCCGACGCAACACGCAAGGUUGUGGACGACCACCUGGCUGUGCACACGCUCAUCAGAGCCUAUCAGAUACGUGGUCAUCAUGUGGCCCAGUUAGACCCUCUGGGCAUCCUUGACGCUGACCUGGACUCCUUUGUUCCCUCUGAUCUCAUCACCACCAUUGAAAAAUUAGGGUUUUACGGUCUUAAUGAGUCUGACCUGGAUAGAAGCUUCCGGCUGCCUCACACCACAUUCAUCGGAGGAGGAGAGACCACUCUCACGCUUAGAGAAGUCAUACGGAGACUUGAGGCAUCCUACUGCGGUCAUGUGGGAGUGGAAUUCAUGUUCAUCAACAACGUGAACCAGUGUCAGUGGAUUCGCCAGAAGUUCGAGACGCCGGGAGUCAUGCAGUUUGCCAACGCUGAGAAGAGGACGUUGCUGGCACGCCUCAUCAGAUCAACACGAUUUGAAGACUUCCUGGCCAGGAAAUGGUCGUCAGAGAAACGUUUUGGUCUGGAAGGCUGCGAGGUCCUCAUCCCCGCUCUGAAAACCAUCAUUGACAUCUCCAGCGCCGCCGGCGUCGACAGCGUGAUCAUGGGGAUGCCGCAUCGGGGUCGACUCAACGUCUUGGCCAACGUGAUCCGUAAGGACUUGAACCAGAUCUUCUGUCAGUUUGACCCCAAGUUGGAGGCGGCGGAUGAAGGCUCGGGGGACGUGAAAUACCACCUGGGAAUGUACCACGAGAGGAUAAACCGUGAGACGAACAAGAACAUCACGCUGUCCCUCAUGGCCAACCCCUCCCACUUGGAGGCGGUGGAUCCCGUGGUGCAAGGCAAGGCCAAAGCUGAGCAGUUCUACAGAGGGGACACGCUGGGGAAAAAGGUGAUGUCCAUCCUGAUGCACGGAGACGCUGCCUUCGCCGGGCAAGGUGUGGUGUACGAAACUUUCCACUUGAGUGAGCUCCCCUCUUACACCACACAUGGUACCGUCCAUGUGGUGGUCAACAACCAGAUUGGCUUUACGACAGACCCUCGGGUUGCUCGCUCGUCUCCUUACCCGACUGAUGUGGCUCGAGUGGUCAACGCUCCCAUCUUCCAUGUUAAUGCAGACAACCCUGAGGCCGUCAUGUACGUGUGCGGCGUGGCUGCAGAAUGGAGGAACACCUUCAACAAGGACGUCGUCAUUGACCUUGUCAGGACCCGACAUGAUACAAGUGUCGUUUACUUAAUCAUCACAGGAGUCGGUAUAGGACCAUACUUCUUUAAUUCGAGACACCCUAAAUGUUUUGUUUUCCAGGUUUCUUACAGGCGCUUUGGCCACAAUGAAAUGGAUGAGCCCAUGUUCACUCAGCCACUGAUGUACAAACAGAUCCGCCGGCAGGAGCACGUGCUGAAGAAGUACUCUGACAAGCUCAUUGCUGAGGGAGUGGUCACGCUGCAGGAAUUUGAGGAGGAAGUGGCCAAAUAUGACAAAAUAUGCGAGGAGGCCUACACCAGUUCCAAGGACGAGAAGAUCUCGAACAUUCGACACUGGCUGGACUCCCCCUGGCCUGAUUUCUUCACGGCAGAAGGAGAACCUAAGACCAUGAGCUGCCCUCCCACAGGACUGGACGAGGAGGUCUUGCAGCACAUUGGCCGGACUGCCAGCUCGGUGCCUCUGGAAGAUUUUACAAUACAUCCCGGUCUGUCUCGCAUCCUGCGCAGCAGAGCGGACCUGGUGAAGAAUCGUCAGCUGGAUUGGGCCCUGGGCGAGUACGUGGCCUUUGGAUCUCUUCUCAAAGAUGGCAUCCACGUGCGGCUCAGCGGGCAAGAUGUAGAGAGGGGCACUUUCAGUCACCGCCACCAUGUCCUUCAUGACCAAAAGAUGGACAAACGCAUCUGUGUUCCCAUGAAUCACCUGUGGACCGACCAGGCUCCGUACACGGUCUGCAACAGUUCCCUGUCGGAGUACGGUGUCCUAGGGUUCGAGCUAGGCUUCGCCAUGGCCAGCCCUGACGCCCUCGUCCUCUGGGAGGCCCAGUUUGGAGACUUUCACAACACGGCCCAGUGCAUCAUAGACCAGUUCAUCAGCUCGGGCCAGGCCAAGUGGGUUCGCAACAACGGCAUCGUGCUGCUCCUCCCGCACGGGAUGGAGGGAAUGGGUCCGGAACAUUCAUCAGCCCGACCUGAGCGCUUCCUGCAAAUGAGCAAAGAUGACCCGGAUCACUUCCCUGACUUCAGUGGAGAUUUUGAAGUGCAGCAGCUGCACGACUGUAACUGGAUUGUGGUCAACUGCUCCACGCCUGCUAACUACUGUCAUGCGCUCAGACGGCAGAUUCUGCUGCCGUUCAGGAAGCCGCUGAUUAUUUUCACUCCGAAAUCUCUGCUCAGACACCCUGAGGCCAGGUCCAGUUUUGACGACCUCAUCAAAGGCACUAGAUUCAAAAGGCUGAUCCCAGACCAGGGACCUUGCAGCCAAAGUCAAGACCAAGUGAGAAGGUUGAUCUUCUGCACCGGCAAAGUCUACUAUGAGCUGACCAAAGAGAGGAAGCAACAGAACCUGGAGAAAGAAGUCGCCAUCAUCAGACUGGAACAGAUCUCUCCUUUCCCCUUCGACCUGGUCCGAGCACAGGUGGAAAAGCACAACAGCUCGGCCGAGCUGGUCUGGUGUCAGGAGGAGCACAAGAACAUGGGCUACUACGACUACGUCAGACCUCGUUUCCUCACCGUGGUGGCCAACAAGAGACUCGUCAGGUACGUCGGGCGGGACCCCGCCGCCGCUCCUGCCACGGGGAAUAAGUCAACCCACCUUAACGAGCUGAGGAAGUUCAUGGAAACAGCCUUCAACCUGAGCGCCUUCCAGGGAAGGAAAGCUUGAACUGGACUGGAGGGUCGAUAGUGCCAACUUCUUCUACUCACCCCACCGUUGCUUCAUUGUGACACAUAUGCUUCGCUGUUGCCCCCUGCGGGAUGGCGGGAGUACUGCAUACAUGAGCAACCCUAUUUUGAAUGGUUUAAUCAAGCCUGUUCAGGUGUUGUUGCUACCUCAAAUUAAAAGUUGAGUAGACCUGACCUAUAGACUUCAAUUGCACAUAAGCUUGUUCUUAUAUACAAAAAUAAAUGCAAUACAGCACACCCAUAAAUAUGAUUAUCAUCUCUGCUAAGUACGUUACAUAUACUAAGUAUUUUUUGUCUAAAUUGCACGUCCACGCCCCGGCCUUAUGAUACAAAAAUAAACACAUCUCGCCGCAUGCAAAAAAAAGUACCUGCACAAUUUAAUUGUAAAAGUAAAUCGUAACCAUUAUAUUUUUACGAUUGCGCUUAUUCGCUCAACUGCAGGGAGAACCAGGGGUUUAUUAGUAUCACAUUAGCGGUCCCAAUUCACAUGUUUUGUUCUUGGUUCGUAUCAAGACUCUGUUACAUCACCAUCAAUUAUGAUGAUCUGGAAAGAUCAACGCAGAAGGUGCGGGAGUAAGACAAACUUUAAGAAAACCAGUUUUUAGGCACCUAUAUAAGGUUUUCAAUCAAGUUUGUACUGCAUGGCAGUGAGACAACACUGAUGUGGUUUCUUUGCCGUAUGUUUUAUUAAUUAGGUGAUUUUAACCCAAUUCAAAUAGGUUGGUUUGUCUUUAUGUUGGGUUUUGUGUUAGUUCCUGUCCUGUGCUUUUGUUUUGGCGGCUCUCCUGGUUUUGUUGGUGUUUUCCCUGUGGCUGCUUCACUUCUGUCCCAGCGCAUUUCCCCUCACCUGUUUUCUGUUUGCAAUUAGGACUAUUUGAGUUGAUCCUUUUUCCACCUUUGUCGGGACAUUGUUGAUGCUGCUGUUAUCUGUUCGCUGGCGACUAGAGACGAUCUUUUUUUUCAUACUGCACUCUAGUACGCUCCUACUUUGUGGACGCCAUCUGCUCCACAUUUCAUAGUAAGUUGUUUUUUUUGCUGCUUUCCAGCAUUUUGUUUUGUGUCUGUCAUAGUCUGGCCAUUUAGAGCACUUCUUGUCUUCUCUCGCCUUUUGUUUUUGCUUCUUUAAUGAAUAAAUACUAGAGAUGUCCGAUAAUGGC